AGUAUUUUGAGUUCAAAAAAAAUGAGCAGAAUCUUAUUUUUAUUUUGUAUCUUAGCGAGUGUUUGGGGAGCUAAUUCUAUAUCAGUGACUAAAAAUGAAUCCGUUUUAGUAAGCUAUCUUCCCUGUGAUUUGGCUUUUAUAAAUUUUGUAAGAAUAAAUGAAAGUAACUGGCAGGGAUUAUUGCACUUUUCACUAUUCCCGGGUUUAAAAGAGGUAUUGAUGGAGAUUUAUUUUGAAAAAGAAGUUACUAUAAGUCCGAUAUUGAAUUUUCCCAGUGUUUCACUGGAAUAUGGCAAGCAGAGCUUUGUGUUGCGAUCGAAGCGUCCGUUACCAAAAACAUAUACAUUUAAUGUGUUUACUGGUUUUCAAAAAGCUGAUGAAAAAGAUGUCCCAAAAGUCCAUAAUUUAACAUUGAAUAAUGUAAUACUCUGCAGUAGUAUAAAGAGAAAACAAUCAAUAGAAUCGCUGAACGUUAAAAAAAUAUUCAACGGCAAGCAUUACGCUCAUUCCUGUGGUAAAAGAUCAAUUCACCAUGCAGAACACCUUUCCUUGAGGACUGAAGCCCAAGCUGGUGACUGGCCUUGGCAUGUCGCUAUAUUUUAUGAACAGGACUCUACAUUUCACUAUCAAUGUGGCGGUAGUAUUGUGUCUACAACUGCUGUCUUAACAGCUGGGCACUGUAUUAUUGACAAUAUUCCAACUAAGGAUUACUUCGUAGUUGUUGGCACCAGUAGUGUUGCUAAUACUACUGAAAAUGAUUUUGAUAUGAAGUCUUUACGAGUACAGCAAAUUAUAAAACAUCCAAAAUAUAAGAGAGAGUUUUCUACAGCAGAUUUGGCUAUCAUCAAAGUAGAGAAAAUAGAAUUCAGUGUCCAUGUACAACCUGUUUGCAUUUGGGGUCCUAGUCACGACAAGAGUGAACUGUUUGGGAUGGAAACUAUGAUUGUAGGAUUUGGUGAGAAUGAACACGGUGUACUCCACAAGGACCUGAGAGCGAUUAACAUGAUAGUUCAAAAAGAUACGACAUGUAAAUAUCUGUCAAGGUUAUUGAACAAAUCUACUUUCUGCGCUGGAAAUGGACCUGACAGUAUGACCAAUGUUCGUAACGGUGACAGCGGGGGGGGUCUGUUAGUGCGCGUUUCUCAGCCUGAUUACACCAAUACCUGGUUCAUUCGCGGAGUCCUUUCUAAAUGUGGAACUUCAGCUACUACUUCAUCACAAGUACAACCACUGACUUGCGAUCCGCAAGAGUAUGUGGUAUUCACUGAUGUGGCAGCACAUUAUGGCUGGAUCAAUCAAAAUGCAGGGUUACUGAACCCGAGUCUUGUGACUGCAUAAAUGUUUCGUUUGUUGUAUAGAUUCAUAUGUUUAAGGGACUUAGUCUAACAUGUAAUUAGUUUGCUUAGUUAGGA